AUAUAUAUAUAUAUAUAUAUAAAGUGAUGUAAGCGGGGUUGAACUGAGUCAAAGACUGUUUACGCAGAAAAGAAGAUCAUGCUUUUCUUUUAUUUGCUUGUAUCCGUGUUUGCAACAACGCUAGCCAUGAGUGUACAAUGGCACGGAAAGGCAGAUAUCGUUAUAAAAAAUAUCACGGAUUUACAUACUAGUAGUAACAAAAUAGAUUACUUAAAGGAAGUCCUUUUGAACCAAGAAUUGGCUCAAAAAGUGCAACUCGUGCAAAAUGUUGUACAAGUUAUGAAUGAUGUCCAGACUUUGAAAAAGGAGGUCGACCGUCUGAAAACGGAAAACUUGGAUCUUAGGAUGGAAGUUGGCAACCUUUCGUCAAAAGUCGUGAAGGAGAACUGCACACAGGACCCGCAAUAUACGGACAAGAGAACACCUAUCGGUUUUUAUGCCUAUUUUUCUAAAAAAAAAUUCAAAUCCCCUCGAGCAGGUCAACCACUCAUCUUUGAUUCAGUGGAGACAAACUUUGGAAACGGAUACGACAACACAACCGGAAUAUUCACUGCUCCAACUUCCGGUUUAUAUGUGUUCACAUAGACCUUGCUUGCAGCUAGUAUGCAUGUUGCUGGAACCUCUGGAGAUUAUGGCGAAAUGGUUGGGGUAUUAAAACAAAACGGUAUUGCGAAAGGAUGGAUUGUUGCUGAUACUGAAACAGAGUAUGAUGCAGGUGCUGGCACUGGCUUUGUUUUGUUGAGUGUAAAAGAAAAGGACAAAAUACAGAUUGUCGUUGGACCUUGGGACGGUCAUGGUUCAAUGCGCAGUGAUGGCCGUGAUGGCCGAACUACGUUCUCUGGAUUCCAGAUCAUCUAAUUGCAUCUGAUUACAACUGUGGCGAGACUAACUUUACAACUAGAAGCAUAGAUCUAGACUCUAUUCAGUCUGCCAUUUACUCGAUUGAAUUACCUUUCCCUAUUCUAAGAUCAGCAAAUCCUAUGAAUGGAAAUUUGUUUGCCGAAACGCCUUCAUGUAAAUAUUUUGAAUGCCUCUAUUUUACUAUAUAAUACAUGUACCGAUAAUAAAAAUAAACUCAUUGUUUAGUUCCAUAA